AUGUUGAGAUCGAUUUUAGGUAUAUCGAAGCAUAGUAGAGCAUUCCGUAGAAUGAUGAUACAAGAAUUAAAACCAAUAACAACACAAUCAAUUAAAUCAAAUAUAAUAUUACAACAAACAUUACAAACAAGAUCAUACUCUGAACCUGCUACUACAAACCAAACAGCAGCACAAGAAGAAAAAUCAAAAUAUGAAUCAUCAAAAGAAUAUAUCAAGAAAGCACAUAUUGAGAAUUCAAAAGAAUCAGAACAAGUUUUGAGAAUAAUGAGAAAAACUGGUGCUAUUUCUGUUUUAGUUGUGUUUGGAUCUAUUGCAUAUGCUGCUUUUUCAGAAUAUCAAACUAAACCUAAUGAAGUUGAAGAAAUUGAAUAUAUACCAAAUUUGAGUCAAGAUAUACGAUAUAAAACCAGAAGUUGA